AUGGCUUCUUCGUCACAAAUUGAAUGGAAUUGUUCUCAAUGUCAAGUUGUCAUAAGUGAUCGUUAUAAAUGUUCCAACAACUGUCAAUCAAUUCAACAUUGUGAUAGAUAUGAUUAUUGUUCAUCAGAAUAUGCAGAAGGAAAAACAACAGCUAAAGAAAGAAAAACAGAUUUCAAAUUCUCAAGAACUCCAAAUGCUAUACAUUGGUAA